CCAAAAAAAAAAAAGAGACCCUCCUUUUUUUCUUUCUUUCUUUCUUUCUUUCUCUUUUUAUUAUUGUUAUUGUUAUUAUUGUUUUUUAAAUAUCAUGUCCAACUCUUUAUCAAGUGUAAGUACAGACAAUGCUGAGCUAUAAAACUAUUGAAAUCUAAAACAAGAAAGUCUCUGUUUAAUGAGGACUUUUUGAAUGAACAAGAAAGAAACAAUCAAUUCACAACCAACUGGACAACUGGUUUUCAUCAUCCAGCUGAAAUCAUGCCACAAGAUUCUUUGGUAACCCCACAUCCUAAUUAUGCGCCCAUACGACGAAACUCAGCUACUGCAGGAUUACCAUGGUUUCCUCUUCACCCAAGCGAAGAACCCAGUUCAUUUUACCGUGAACAUCGAUCCAUGUCUUACUCAUUCAGUACACAGGACGCGUUUGUCAAUCCUGUUGUUCUAGACACCAUCAUGCAAGAAGAAGAAGACGAAGUAGACAUGAAAGAAAGAACACGAUCUAAAUCCACGGCGGCUAUCAUGAGCAAUAUCUGGAAUCCUUCAUUCAAACAACAAGACGAUAACCAAAAAUGGGUGCAUCCGACCACAACAAGUACGCAUAGUCGAGUUGUUGGUAGUGGUCGUCGUCUUUCACUUGCACCAUCCAUGUUAAAUCAAAUGCAUGUGAUAAACGAUGAUCUUACUGAAAGAAUGCGACGAUUUUCAUUGGCACCUACUCACAGUCUUGGUUUAGAAAAUUCUGUCCUGGAUCCUCCUAGGCAACCUUCUACCAGUUCAUCUGUAAACCAAAGAAGGCAUUCUCUUGCAGGUCCAACGAUUUCUACUGCAAACACAAACCAUCAAGAUUUUCUUGUGUCUGAAUUAGCAGUCAGAGAAAGGCUCGAAUCCAAUAAAUCCUUUAUAGAAAACACGAUCAAGACAGAUGACUUAGGCAAAGGCACUCGUCUUGAUGCUGAUAUCAUGCAAGACGCCAUAUUUUAUGUGGUUGAAUUCAAAGGUGGAAGGUCUGAUGUGUAUUAUUGUCAUACCACCAUAACCACACAAACCAUCAGUAACACUGAUCUAGUGAUUGUAGAAGCAGACCGAGGCCGUGAUUUAGGUAAAGUAACGAUGGAAAAUAUCAGCAGACAACAGUUGGAACAAUACUAUACACAGCUUAAACAUCACAAUCACUCCGAAGAUCAAGAAGAGCCUAUAGAAAACAAGAAAUAUUUACCCACUGAAAUAUAUAUCAAACGUAUCUUUAGAAAGGCAAGACCUGAUGAAAUCACUCUAUUGAUGGCCAAGGGUCAAGAUGAGUCUAAGGCACUGAUGGUCUGUCAAUCCAAAAUUAAACAAAGAAAGUUGAAUAUGCAAGUUGUAGAUGCAGAAUACCAAUGGGACAGACGCAAAUUGACCUUUUAUUUUGUGGCUGAGAAAAGAGUAGAUUUUCGUGAAUUAGUACGUGAGCUAUUUAAGCUUUAUAAAACCCGUAUUUGGAUGUGUGCUGUAAGCUCUAUCGUCCAUUUGAAAUAAAUAAUUUAAAUUCCGUUCUCUUUUCA